AUGCAUCGAGUACAGGGUGACGUCCGUUCCACACUUGACAGAUCCGCACCUACUUCCGUCUCCAACUUUCAAGAGGAGCGUUCUCAUCUCUUGAACUUCCUUGAACAACAAGCUCGUCUCAUCAGACAACAGCCGGAGUUAGAUACAAUCGACAAGGUCAAAGUUAAUCUAACUGAUCAUGCUACCGAGCUUUUACGUCGAGUCCAUGAAGCUGCUGUAGCCAUGGCUAUCAUAGCACGAAACCAUCCCUACGUUACUGCUAAACCGCCCGGCUUCUACAAUAUCGAUGUUCCCACGAUGUGUGAGGCCCUGGAGAAAAGGAUGCCCGACCUGGCUAGAAGGCUUGGUCUGAACCCAAGAUGCGACAUGUGUGUUCAUUUUACCAUCGAAAACAUCCUGGCUGACCUAGGGUUCUAG